UUUGGUAAGGUGAGGGCUCCUACGGGUGAGUACCACUCACUCAUUGACUCGUGUACGCCCGCACGUCCGUCUGUCGGUCGGUCGGUGCCCACCUUCAAUUCCGAUUUACUCACUCACAUUCAUUCGUUCAUUGCCAACUCUGUGCUUACCAUCCGAUUCUUACGCGAGAGUAUCGAAUUCAAACGAUCGCGAUAUUUAUUUUGUAAUUCGAUAAAGUAGAAACAAAGAAAAUUUUUUUUAUUUCUUAAGGAAUAUGUGGUUUUUCGGAUCCUUCACCAUCAUCGUUAUUUUUAUCAUUUCUUUUGCUACCAUUCGGAUUCAAGGGAGACCACAACAGAUCAAAUCAGGUUGCAGAUUUGAAAAUCGUCGAUAUCAAGAAGGUGCAGCGGUUACAACUUCAGGUCCUUGUUUACAGUGUAAAUGUUCAGAGGGAUCAUUACGAUGUAGAUUGCGUGUCUGUCCACGACUUCCAAAUCCACCACCACCAGGAUGUCGUGCCCGACCACCAGGAGAAAAUGCCUGCUGUUCAGAAUUAGUUUGCGGAGAAUCAGAUGAGGCGGCAAAUGUCCUUCGGCGUAUUAAUCUUGAAACAGAAUCCAGAAGUCAAGACGAUGGUUGCUUCUACCAAGGAGUACGAUAUGGACCGGGAUCUGCAAUGAUGGGCUCUCAGAUGUGUGAAUAUUGUUACUGUAUAUCCGGUACGAGAAGAUGCAUUAGACCAAAAUGUUUACUUCCACUCCCUGGUUGUACACCAGUUUAUGCACCUCAUUCCUGUUGCCCUGUAUCUUACAACUGUACCCGUGCAGAAUCUUCGACGACCAUGGCCUCGUUGUCAGGAAAUGGUUGUCGAGUUGGUAAACGGUUUUACAAAGAGGGUGAAAUGGUCCGGGACAUUGCAUUAAAGUCCACCUGUGACAAUUGCUUCUGUGCCAUGGGCGUCGUAAGUUGCGUUCCACUUGCCUGCGCUCCACCUCUUCAGGGUUGCAGUCCAAUUGUUCGAGAAGGACAAUGCUGCCCUUCCACUUACAAUUGCAGUGGUAGCAUUGAGGUGAAGGCAGCACAAAAUUAUGCAUCCUAUGCUUUUAUUAGCAAAGAUUAUGCAAAAUUUAGAAAGGAAACAAAUUUUUUUGCACCAUACGAGUUUCAAUCUUUAUCAAAUCACACGGUCGAGGGUCGUGGUCAUCGAGUGGUCAUUGAGGGAAUAGACUCAAGCACUUUCAGCCCGGUCACUGAAGAGUCUACAGUCGCUGAAUCCACUUUUGCCUCCUCCACCUUAGAAACCGAGACGAUGGACAAUAAGAUACUGACCGAAACGACAGAAUAUCCAAAGACCACUACUUUGGAGAGCAAUCUUCUUACCUCUACCACACUUGAGGAAAGUACUGAUGCGGAGUCGACAGUUUCUGAUUGGGGAACGACAAUCAAAGACUUGGGCAUGGAGGAUUCAACGUUGACGAGCUCUUUAAUGUCUCUAGUGGAUUCAACCACUAUCGAUGAUUCCUUCUCUGAAGUCACGACCACAAGAGCAACCACAAUCGAAGAAGAUUAUACAUCGACGUUACCCUCAGCAACAGACAUAACAGAAUCAACUUUGAUCUCUCUAGAGGGAGGAUUUCGCGAGUCGUCCUGUCAAGAGGGCGAAUCAGAGAAAUGCCAUUUUACAGAGCCUUUUACAAAUGAUACCGAAACAACUGUUUUCUCUUUAACAACGAAAAAGCAGAAUAAAGACAAAGAGGAAGAUGUAGGUCAACCUACCUCGACAAUAACCACCCAACAGGAUUCAUUGAUAACAACAGGUUUACCUAGUGUUCUUAUGCCAAAUGACAUUUUAGUGAUGAAUGUUACUGUAAAAACAAAUGUUUCGGUUGGACAUAUUCAAGGGGUGACGAUUAAUCCUACGAGGACGAUUGCACCGGAAAUCGAAGCCAUUCUGAAUAUCAUUCAUCGACAAAAGGGUGAUGAUUAUGAAUACGAUUACAGCGAGCCAACACUACCUCCGUCACUACCAAAUGUUCGGAUUAUUCCAUUCGUAGCGGCAGACGCUUUAGUGAAGGACAAAAACGAAGCAGCAUCACUUGUCACCGGAUAUCCUUCUGUUGCUAUGGGAGUACCACCCGAAUUGAUACCAAAGGACUCGACAUUCUACGACGUAGUCACCCAGGAGAAUCGUUUUAGUCCACCAGUUGAAACCGAAGGUGGAUUUGUGCCGAGGGAACCUCCUUACUACGAUCAGUCUUAUCACUCAAUUGAUCUAAAUCUGGAAAUUGGUACUGGAGUUACAGUUAUACCCGAAGCUAUUGGAAAUCCUCUUAAGAAGAACGAUUUACAAGAUCUUGGAAGUAUUUGCAUUUUUGAGGGUCAUGAAUAUCAUCAUGCUGCUACAUUACCAAGUCCUGGAUUCUGUGUCGUCUGCAUUUGUUAUUAUGGAGAGGUAAUCUGUUCUGAUGAAAAAUGUCCUCCCUUAAAGAUUGGAUGUCAGAAAAUAAUUGAUGAGAAAAAUUGUUGUGGAAAAAUUGUCUGUGUUGAUGCUAAAGAAUCACCUACGGUUGUUUUGGAUCGAUCAGAUUCAUCAUCACAAAUACAACCUUUGGUUUCAUUGGAUCCAUUUAGGGAUGUUAUUAAAACAGAACCAGCGCCAGAUUUGCCUUCACUAAUUGAGGAUAUGAUUCCCUAUUUAGCAGGUCAGGGAAUUAAUACUUCAAACGUUACAAAUUCAUUGAAUUCCUCUUCUUUUGAGGCGGUUCAAAGUUCUAAAUUAUACAGCUUUCAAGAACGUAAUCAGUCACAUGAAAUUGAUCAACAUUUUCCGGAAAGUGCAAGUGAAUUUUAUAGGCUCAACGAUACAAUACUUUCCAGUUUACAAGAUUAUGAUUAUAAUAAUAGAACUAGUGAAGUACCCCUGCAAAGUAAUUUUGUAAUUAGAAAUAAUCAAAGUGAAAAAAACUCAAGUAAUUUAAUGGAAAAUGAAAAUUCACUAUCAAAUAAUGAGACUUCUAAUAAAACAGAAGGUUUUUUUCAAUCAGUGGAAAAUGAUUCGAUUUUCUCUCUGGACAGUGUUUUGGAUUUAUUCUUCUCAGACAGCACCACAGAAAUUACAAAAAUUAAAGAUAUUCAACAAACUGAAAUAAAAAAUUCUGAGGUGCAAAAUUCAAACGUAAAGUCAGAAUUUAAUAAAGAAAUUAAAUCUGACAAUGGAUCAGAAUCUAAAAAAGAUGCAGAAGUUACGGCGGUAAAGAAAGAAACUGAAUCAUUGAAAACAGAUAUUAAGGAACAAUCAAAAAUUGGGGAAAAAAUUAUAAUUAAAGAAGAAGUAUCAAUUAAAAAUCAAUCAACUAAGGAGAAAAAUAUAGAUAAUUUGAAAAGCAAUACAAAACUUAAUUAUUCAUCAGAACAUCCUUCUUUAAAUAUAAUUAAUAAAACAAAUUCGCCAACAACUCCAAUUAGUAUUCAAGAAAUUACAAAUUUAAAUAUAAAUCUCAAUUCUGAGAUUAAGGCAAAAAACUCCGAUAAAGAUAUUACUGGUUUAAAUAUAUUAAAAUUGGCUGGAUGUAAUAUUUAUGGAAGAAUGUAUCGUGUGGGGAGAAUUAUUACUGAACUCACUUCAUCAUGUCGUGAAUGCAAAUGUACUGAAGUAGGUGUACAAUGUAAACAACUCAAAUGCUAAUUGUUUAUUAUUUUAAUUAUUGUUCAAAUGCGAAUUUUUGUUCGUUUCCAAAACGAAAAUAUUCCUUCAAUCACGUGAUUUAGGAUUAAUUUAAUAUAGUCAUUAAUUUCAUUAUUUUUUUUUUUUGCAUUGAAAUUAAAAAGCAAUUUAAUUGAAUAAAAGUAGUUAAUAUUCAAGAUUUAGAGCAUAAGAAGUAGUUAAAAAGAAACAACGAUCUCAAUAGGAUCAUAUAUGAGUACUCAUAAGAUAUUUAGUUAAUACGUACGCCCUACAGUGUGGCGCAUGUAGCGAAAACGGCUCUUUUAAAUAGGGCUCAAGCUAAUUGUUGAUUUAAAAAUCUAAACUAGCGCUACUAGCGAUUGACUACACUGAGAGAAGAGAAGCACAGAAUCCGUACUGUGACGAACGCCGGCCGUGUAAAAUGGGUGUCAGUAUCCGUUCUUUAGUUUUGUUCAAUUGGUGUCGUUCAUAGUUCAGAUACUAAGCUCUAGCAGCGCGGCAGCGGUGUGAACUAAGUUAUACGGAAUCUGUCUCAUAGCGACCGACAGAUACUGUACUUCUGAACAGUUCCAUAUCUGUGUACAGUAUCUAUUCUCAAGCCAAGCACAACAUCCAUUUAACAUUUUAGUACGGCAUCUAUCACACAGUGACGCUGCUGCUGCGCUCAACUUGGUGUACAGAUGCUGAACUUCUCCAUUUCAAAUUCCGUGCUUUUCUUCUCUCAGUGUAUGAAUUAAUAUUGCUGUCAUAUUUCUAAUGUUACUCUAUGUGCUUUGUCAGUUUAUUCUUAGUUUAUUUUGAUUGUUUUUAGUGAGUGUACUUUGGCUUACUUGAACAAAUCAAAAUUCAAGGUCCCAAAAAUAGGUUAUUAGUAAAAAAAUAUUUAUUGAGCAUGCAGUUUCGAUGAUAUUAUAAUAAUUACAGGUACUAACCUGUAAUUGACAUAAACGAGUUUUAUAAAAUAUUAUACUUUUGUGCUGUCAGUGCAAUACUGUAUAUGUGAUAUUAAAUAUCAAGACUCGGUAUAGAAAAUUAUUUUUACCGACAUAAUCAAAUUGCAUUGUCAGCAUAAAAGCAGUAUUUCAUAAAAAUCAUUGUUUUUGACAAUUACAGAUCAUUUUACACUUUCUUUUUUUAAUAUUUAUCUAUUAUUAUCCCACGGAGGAAUAGUAAGGAGACCGAUCUUGCUGUAGUAGCGCUUCUGAAAAUGUCAGAAAAACAUGUACGAUAAAUGCCAGUUUCACUGCAUUUUACUCAACCACCAAAGUAGCUGAGCAUGCGUAUUAGCCAUAUGCUGUCUCUUUCUCUCGCAAAAAGUGUGCGAGUGAGAUCUGGCUGACGUAUAUUUCUCAAGUCUUUCAUGCGUGUUGUGAUGAAGGGGUUAUGUGUUAUUGUUAUGUUAUUAUUUUAAUAAUUAUUAUUAAUGUUUAUUUUAAAAUGUCG